CCCCCUCCAUCCUCGAGCUCAACACACAAGGACGGAAUCACACAGCACACGCGGAGGGGGGAGAGAGAGAGAGCGAGAGAGAGAGGGAAUCCCAUUCCCGAUCGGUCAUUCCUUUCCUUCGCUCGCGGGUCGCCUCCGAGCUCAAAGCGCCGCUCGCUUUGGGGCUUUGGCGCCGUCCUCCCCAAGCGAUUCGGAUUCUCAGAGCCAAGGCCCAGGUGUAUACGCGUGCCAUCCCUAAGCUGCUCCUCCGUUCAUCGAUGUGACGAGGUUCCCUUUCCUGGUUUGAGCGGCCGGAUGCUGUGGGUUACGCUGGAAUAGCGGGGGGUUUGCACGAUUCGGAAAAGUUGCAGACUUCAAUGGAGAACAGUGUAGAGAAAAAUAACUUGCUGAAAGAAUUCUAUAUUCCAACUUAUAUUUUGGUGCCAGAGUCUCCAGUAGAGCAUGUUUCUCAGAUGCCUAGCUGUCCAGUGAUUGUUUUUAUAAACACCAAAAGCGGUGGCCAACUGGGGCAUGAUUUAAUUGUCACAUACCGUAAGCUUCUCAACCAUGCUCAGGUGUUUGAUCUGCUUGACGAAGCUCCAGACAAGGUCUUGUACAAGUUAUAUAGCAACUUGGAAAGGCUCAAGCGUGACGGUGAUACUCUUGCUUCUGAAAUCUAUGGGAGACUGAGGCUAAUAGUUGCUGGAGGUGAUGGAACAGCGGGUUGGUUGCUUGGAGUUGUAUCUGAUCUUAAGUUAGUACACCCACCUCCUGUUGCUACAGUUCCGAUGGGAACUGGAAAUAACUUGCCAUAUUCUUUUGGAUGGGGGAAGAGAAAUCCUGGAACAGAUCAGGAUUCGGUCAUAUCAUUUCUUCAGUUGGUAAGAGAAGCAAGAGAGAUGAACAUUGAUAGCUGGCAUAUUGUCAUGAGAAUGGAAAGCCCAAAAGGUUCUCCUUGUGAUCCAAUUGCACCUUCCGAUUUGCCACAUUCUUUGCAUGCAUUUCGCCAUGUGCCAAAGACAGAUCCACAAGAUAUGGUAUAUUCUUACACAUUUCGUGGGGGAUUUUGGAAUUACUUCAGUAUGGGAAUGGACGCCCAAGUGUCUUAUGCGUUUCAUUCUGAGAGGAAACUGCAUCCAGAGAAAUUCAAGAAUCAGUUAUCUAAUCAGAAACAAUAUUUGAAGCUGGCAUGCACGCAAGGAUGGUUCUGUGCCGCACUGUGUCAUCCAAUGUCAUGGAACAUUGCUUGCCUUGCAAAAGUAAAGAUAAUGAAGAAAUCUGGAAAAUGGGAAACCUUGGAAAUUCCACAGAGUAUCCGGUCUAUCGUUUGUCUCAAUUUGCCCAGCUUCUCUGGUGGACUGAACCCUUGGGGAACACCAAGUAAGAGGAAGCAAAGAAAAAGAGACUUGGUAAUGCAUCCACUUGUUAAUGAUGGCCUUCUGGAGAUUGUGGGUUUCAAAGAUGCUUGGCAUGGGCUUGUUUUGCUGUCCCCGAGAGGCCAUGGCACUCGUCUUGCUCAGGCUCACCGUGUUCGAUUCGAAUUCCACAAAGGUACUACUGACCACGCUUACAUGAGAAUUGAUGGGGAGCCCUGGAAGCAGCCUCUUCCAACGGAUGACGGCAAGGUUGUGGUAGAGAUCUCCCAUGCUGGACAGGUCAAGAUGCUUGCGACCAAAGACUGCAUAGCUAAAGGCAACCAUGAGUCGUCCGCAGAGAUUUCAACGGUUUAUCCGGAGGCUAGAUCCAGCGUCGACACGUACGACGACUUUGACGAGGAACGGAGGAACUUCGGCGCUGCCUUGUCGUUUCGGUACAUGAGUGAUGUGAACAAACAAUAAAAGCUUGUGUUUUUACUGAGCCUUGUACAGUUUGUUUGCGUAGGAAGUAGAUUGCUGCACUAAUUUGUGGAAGACUGGAAGUUGCCCCUGUAAGAUCCUUUUGCUAACAAGUUGGUUUGAUACGACAAA